AGUGCACCGGCAGCAUUCCGCGGACAUUUAGCCCAGGUCCGUGUAUCCCUGCCCGCCGACCUGUCAGUCUCACCCAUCGCGGUCGGCAGUCGGUCAGCCGUCCAGCGACGAUCCCACAUCAUCGGCAACGACUCAGCCCUAGUUCUUCAUCCGUCGUGGCGCGCGCGGGUGCGUUGGACCCGGAACUGUUGCUUCUGACGGACAGGUGAGGACAGGUGCCGCUGGUGUGUGGGUGUCACCGCGCGCCGGGCGCCUAUAUAUGGCCCGGGGCGGCAGUCCGACGGCGUCACUCUGCUGCUAGCCUCCAUCCGCCGCCCCGAGUGAGCCAAACAGGAUGGUGUCAGCGAGCCUGCUCCUCCUCUGCGCCGCGGCGGCCUCGGCAGUGCCGCUAAAAGCCACCGUGAGCACCACGUCGCCCUCGACGCCAUCCCCGUCGCCGUCCGGGCCUGUGAUCGACAUCGACUCGAAGCUGGCCUCUGCCGUGGUGACGGGCGGUGGCGCGCAGGUGACCACUUCUGGAGGCACCUCGGGCGCCGCCAGCGUCACCACGACAGUACGCGGACCCGGCUCCGUGUCCACCCUCACCGCAGUCGGACAGGGAGGCAUCUCGGGCAGCAGUGCCACGGCCGGAAACAGCGCGUCGCUACAGAAGGGACGCUCCAAAACUGUGGUGGAGGCCACCACCGAGGGUACCCAGGUGAAGACCGGCACCCAGGGCAAGGGCAUCACCAGUGGAGAGGCCGUCGCCAAUCAGAAGGCCGGUGCCGAGGGUGGCGCCCAGCGCGUCGAGGCCGUCAAGUACGUCGAGUCGGACGGCAAGAACCUCUACAAGGUGGAGAAGGUGGACCGGACGGCGGUCAAGUCCGCCAGCGGACACGAGGCCUCCAGCAGGAGGUUCGGCACGUUCAACGUGCUGAACCUGGGAUCGACAGCCAUCAACAACCCGGGGCUGAUCGCACUACCAGCGCAAGCACCUUCUUCCGAGCCGGAGCCGGAGCCGACGCCUGUAUACUGGAACCCGAAGAACCCCCAGCCGGAGCCGGAGCCCCAGCCGGAGCCUCAUCCAGAGCCUGAGCCUGAGCCUCACCCGAAGCCGACGAAGCCAGUUGCCCCGCAGCCCAAGAAGGAGCUCUCCUCCGAGUCGAAGGCGAAGCAGGCCGGCAAGACGACUGGCCUGGGCGCCGUGAGCUCGACUGGCGCCACCCAGGGCGCUGCCCAGUCGCAGACGUCGGUGGAGACGCCCAACGGCAGCGCAAAACAGGCGGCCGUCGUCAACUCCGGCGUCGGCCUCACCGGCGUCUCCUCGGGCACCGGCCUGUUCAACCAGAAGGCGCACGGAAAGACAGCGGUGACCCGCACCGGCGAGAGUAUCGACGUCACGUCCAUCUCGUCCGGCCUGGGUGAGACUGACGGCGCCGCCGGAUCCAUCCAGAGCGUGGCCACCAACGGCGGCUUCACCGCAGUCGACACGCUCAACCUGAAUCUGCCCGGCCUCGACCUGGGCAGCAAGGCCAAGGCCAGCGGCACCUCGUCCAGCGGCCACAAGGCCUCCAGCUCCGGACCGGGCCGCUUCAUCACCAGCAACGAGGUCGGCACCGAGAUCAAGCUGACGACGCCCGAACUGGACCUGGAGACCAUCCACGUGCCGCUGCCCGCACCCACCACGAAGCCGCCCAAGGUGAAGCGGGGCAAGUGGUGAUUGGUUCGCUCGUGAGCCGGGUGGCCGUUCACCGGUAUCGGGUCGCGGUCGGCCCGAAUCUCUGGACUCAGUGCGGUCGCCGCCGGUCGUCGGCCGAUAGUUGGAUAGACGAUGGUGCCGGCCGGGGGACAGAGGGAUGGACGCCCGGGAUCGGGCGAAUCUCCGGUCCCGGGCCCAGAUCAGGCUGGUUAUGGACACCGGAGGACCGAAUAGUGUGUACGAUAGCUGUGCUGAAUAUACAGAAUGAAUGGAACCUGCCAGUGCCUUCCGUUCUUUCUCAUGCGCUAUUUGUAUGCUAAUGUUGCGCUGCCGUUUUUCAUGGUUGUCAACGUGUUUUAUAUUGCAUUGCACAAUCACCCAACCGACGGAAAUAAACAACAGUGUAGAUCA